GUGGUGAGGUUUGGAACCACCACCCGGUUGUGCACUUUUCACCAUGGUUGAGACCCGCAGUGGGAAGGACACUAGCCCCUACACCAAGGAGCAGCAAGAGAAGAUGGUCGCCUUAGUUAAGGAGAAUAGGGAGAGAAAAGAGCGCGAGAAGCAAGUAAAGUUAAAAGCUAUCGCAGAUGAGCAGGCGGCGAAGAUGAAGGAAUUGGAGGAGGAGAUGGAAAAAAAGAAGAAGGUUGCUGAAGAAGAAGCGGCAGCAGAAGAAGAAAAAGAGAGAAUGAGAAUUGAGAGUGGAGAAGGGAGCAGUGGUGGCAUGAUGAAGAGAGAUAYAGACGUUGAGAUUGAGAGGAAGAUAAGUGAGUGGGUCGCUAAUUUAUCGUUGGGAGAAGACGAGGAUGCAGAGUCUUAUGUGACUGAGGAUGAGAGGGCUGCGAUAGCCAGUGAGCUAGCAACAAUGACAGACCCUAUGGAACGACGAGAAAGGGAGGAGGAGCAGAAGUUGGCGUGGAAGUUAAGGAUGAAGAGGGAGAAGAAGAGGAGGAGAGAGGAAGUGAGCAAAAUGGCCGCGGAGGUGGCAAAGGUGCAGGAAUGUAGGAAGGAAGUGAUGGCCCAGCCAGACGACAAGGCUAAGGAGUUUGCGUGCGAGAUCGUCACCCACAUUGGGGGCGGAGUAAAGCAGUUGAGGGACAACUUAGGAAAGUUCUGUGAAGGCGCCAUUGAAGGUGCCAAAGCAAUAGCCGUUGUAGAGGGUGAGGCCACACCACGCAAGGACCCAGUCAAGCUCAAAUUCCCGGAUGCUUAUGGAGGGAAGAAGGAAGAGAACUUUGACAACUGGGAAGCCAGUGUCAAUAGUUAUAUAUAUCUACAGCACAUCCUGAUAGAGGAGCAUGUCCUCGUCGAUUUCCAGGCCCUCAAAGAUGAAGCGGACAGUUUCGCUAGGUCCCUUGCGCACGCAGCCGGUUGUGAGAACAACCUGAUUGCUUACUCUAAAGUUACCCCCCUUCCUCAAUUCCUCAAGCUCCUGAAGGAGCGAUUUGCUGACCCAACGAGAGGCGGUCGCGCCUCUGAUAAGCUGCAAAGAUUCACUCACGACAGUGGAGGAGUGCCAGGGCACUCAAGGGUCUUGGAGAAGUUGAGAGAGUCAAACUUCAAGCUCAACGCGAAGAAGUGCGAGUGGGCCAAGACACAAGUCCUGUACUUGGGCCACGUAUUAGACGGAGAUGGCAUUAAGCUAGAGGACAACAAGAUAGCGGCGAUUAGAGACUGGCCGAUGCCCCGCACAUUGACAGAGUUGCGGUCGUUCCUAGGCCUAGCUAAUUACUAUAGAAAGUUCGUGAGGAACUUUUCUACCAUCGCCGCUCCCCUGCGCAGGUUGCUUAAGAAAGAGGCAAUCUGGCAAUGGGACAAAGACUGUACGUCUGCGCUAAAGAGAUUGAAGCGCGCACUAAUAGAGUACCCUGUCCUCAAAGUAGCAGAUCCGUCCUUGCCAUUUGUCGUCACCACGGACGCAAGUCAGUAUGGGAUAGGCGCCGUGUUGCAGCAGGAUGACGGCAAUGGCUAUAGACCCGUAGAGUUCCUGUCCGCGAGGAUGCCCUCAGAGAAGGUAACCACCUCGACGUACGAGAGAGAACUCUACGCUCUCAGGCAGGCUCUAGACCACUGGAAGCAUUACCUGCUUGGGAGGCACUUCAAAGUGUAUUCUGAUCAUGAGACCCUUAGAUGGUUAAAGACCCAGGCCAAGAUGACACCUAAGCUAACUAGGUGGGCCGCUGAGAUAGACCAGUACGACUUUGAGCUCAAACCAGUAAAGGGCAAUUGUGCACUUGUCACCAUGGUUGACACCCGCAAUGGGAAGAGCACUAGCCCCUACACCCAGGAACAGCAAGAGAAGAUGGCCGCCUUAGUAAGAGAGAAUAAAGAGAGGAAAGAGCUUCUGAAACAGGCGAAGCUAAAGGCAAUCGCAGAGGAGCAGGCGACGAAGAUGAAGGAAUUGGAGAUGGAGAAAACUAAGAAGGAAUUGGAGGAGGAGAUGGAGAAAAAGAAGAAGGUUGUUGAAGAAGAAGCGGCAUCAGAAGCAGAAGAGGAGAGGAAACGCAGGGAAGUAAAAGGAGAGAGUAGUGGCACGGCGAAUGAGGACGCCGCAAUGGAGAAGAAAAUCAGCGAGUGGAUUGCUAAUUUAGCAUUGGGGGAAGAUGAGGAGGCACAGUUCUGUGUGCCACAGGAUGAGAGGGAUGCGUUAGCCCAGGAGCUAGCAGCAAUCUUGGACCCCCUGGAAAGGCAAGAAGUGGAGGAGGAAUUAGACUUCAUGCAGAGCACUCUAGACCAGAUCCUGGAUGUAUUGACGAGGCGAGGAUUCAGGCCACCAGCACAAUCGCCGUUGCCGUUAUCGGCGAUGUCAGGCCCCUUUCCAGUUCAAGCUGGUACACAGCCAAGUGGUACGUCUGCAGCAGUUGCACAGACUGUUGCAUCUUCUUCUUCGGGUCUAGCGGUGGGAGCUACACCACCGCAACAACCUGUUCCUCAACAGGGACAGCCCCAAGGUCAGUGGUACCCUAAGACCCCAAUGAAACCGCCUCUUGCCUUCUCAGGCGAGAGAAAGGACGAAGAGCUCAACACUUGGUUGAGGACAGUCCCGGUUUGGGUGAAGGCCAAGAGGACCUUGCUGGAGGACGAAGUGGUUACCGCUGCAUCUUAUCUCAAGGGUAAGGCUGCCAAAUGGCUAGAUGGUGUAGUUGUAAAAGCCAGGUACGGGCGACGCAUGGCGGACUGGGCUAAGUCUUUAACGUUAGACCAGUUCAUGGAGAUGGUAGAAGCUCGAUGGCAUAAUCCACAGGAGGCACAAAGAGCCACUGAUGCGAUUAACAAGUUAGACCAACGAAAGUUCAAGUCGGUUAGAGAGCUUACGACUACCGUUGAGAGUCUGAUCCUCGUUCCAGGCAUCAACUACAGUGACCAGUUCCUGUUAAUUGCGUUUGUUAGAUGUCUUCCAGAGAACAUCAGGAACUUGCUGGCCAGUGAGGCACGCGUCGAGUACCAUUCAUUUGAGACAUUGUCUAGGAAAGCCUUAGAUUUGGAGGCCACUCUAGGCAAUGCUCAACCCUCCCAGAUUGACACGAAGAAGAAGAGGAGUCCUCAGGAGUGGAAGAAGAAGGGGGCGAAGUUGAUGAUGGUUGAGUCCGAUGGGACUCAAACGGAAAUCGAUGAGCUCACUGACCUGAUGGACUACUCAGAGUACGACGGCGAGGAGACCGCUGAGGGUAGCACCCUCGCCGCAGUUGUAAAGGCUAAGGCAAGUGGCCGAGGGAAGGGCCAACCAAAGAAUCAAGGGAAGGCUGCCUCCAACCAGACCAAAGUGGCUGAUUGGGUGAAGGCAGGUCUUGAUCAAGACGUGUGGCGUGACCGCCGAGUGCGUGGCGCUUGUAUCAACUGCGGGGAAUACGGUCACUCGCAGUACAAGUGCCAGAACGCAAAGGACCGGGUAAGGCACCUUAGUAGACCCAUAGCAUUUACUUUGGCAAACAAGGAGCGCAUGAUUGUAACAGACUAUAUCAAGGACGUAGUCUGUACCUUCUCCUAUGGAGGAGGAGAACUUAAUCAUAAGAUUUCGUUCUUGGUAAGCGACGACUUACCAUUCUACAUGUUGUUAAGCAUGUACUACCUCCAAGUUGCUAAGCCCCAGUUCGACUGGGAUAAGAAGGUGCUCAAGCAUAAGUUGCCCGAUGGUCGAACUGUCAGAUUGACUAAGUUCAAGGCCAGUAGCAUUAUAGAUACAUAUGGCUGCUUGUGUGCAUCAGCAUUCUACAAUUACUAUAAGCAAAACCAAGAGGAAGGUAUGCACCUUGUGUAUGUCUCUGAGAAAGGGGAGGCCGUUAACACACCCCCAGAGAUAGAACGCGUCGUUGCUAAGUUCCCUGAUCUGUUCGAAGAGCCCACAGGAGUUGUUGAAAGGGAAGUUGUCCACGCUAUAGAAAUCAUUCCAGGGAGUAAAACCCCAAAGGGAAGGAUCUAUAGGAUGGCGCCUGCCGAGUUAGAUGAACUUCGGCGACAGCUCAAGGAGCUGACAGAAAAGGGAUGGAUUCGGCCUAGUACUUCCCCUUACGGAUCUCCCGUACUAUUCGUAUCGAAGAAGGGGGGUACUUUUAGGAUGUGCAUUGACUAUAGAGGCCUCAAUGCCAUCACUGUGAAGAAAGCAGAGCCUCUACCUCGCAUAGAUGACCUAUUGGAUAGGGUGCAGGGAUGCAAGUACUAUAGCAAGAUAGACUUGAAAUCCGGUUAUCAUCAUAUCGCAAUAAGGCUUGAGGACCAACACAAGACAGUUUUUCAGACUCGUUAUGGUCUGUAUGAGUUUGUAGUGAUGCCUUUUGGUCUUUGUAACGCGCCAGGAACAUUCCAGCACGCUAUGAAUCGGAUCUUCCAUGACCAUUUGGAUAAGUUUGUCGUUGUUUACCUUGACGACAUUCUGAUCUUUAGCAAGUCUGCCGAGGAGCACGCACAACACGUUGAGACUGUACUCUCACUCCUGCGACAACACAAGUAUAAGGUCAACUUAGAGAACUGUGAGUUUGGUCGCACUAAGAUACUAUACUUGGGUCAUGAAGUAUCCGCGGAGGGGAUUAGACCGGAAGAUGCGAAGGUGGCUAGUAUUCGAGACUGGCCACGACCUCAGACARUCACUGAGGUCAGAUCUUUCUUAGGAAUGUSCGGCUAUUAUAGGAACUUCGUCAAGAACUAUUCUACAGUCGCCUCUCCUUUGACUGAUCUAACUCGACUUGACACGCCGUGGGACUGGAGUGAUGAGUGCGAGGGUGCUUUCAAAAGAUUGAAGCAUGCACUCAUGAAUCAUGAGGUCCUCAUGGUUCCCGAUCCUCAGAAGCCAUUCAUAGUGACCACUGACGCAAGCCAAUACGGCAUUGGCGCAGUGCUGGCUCAGCAGGAUGGGAAGAAGUUGAGACCAAUUGAGUACAUAAGCAAGAAGAUGCCAUCAAAGAAGUUGGCAAAGUCCACCUACGAAAGGGAACUCUAUGCUCUAUAUAAAACACUUGUCCAUUGGAGACACUUCCUAUUGGGAAGGUUCUUCUACUUGAGGACUGAUCAUCAGACCCUCAAAUGGAUCAAGACUCAACCGGCUCUUUCUGACGCACUCAAGCGAUGGAUUGAGGUCAUAGACCAAUAUGACUUCAAGCUUGAGUAUCUGAAGGGAGAGUACAACAAGGUUGCAGAUGCACUAUCACGUAGAGCAGACUACCUAGGUGCGCUAGUUUCUGACUUUGGCGUAUUUGAUGAAGUAACUCAAUCAUUGGUGGGAGCCUAUCAGGAAGACCCUGUCACGAUGGACAUCAUGCGCAAACUUCAGGCAAAAGACAAGGCCACGGAAAGUGAGUUUGUGAUGGUGGACGGGUUACUCUAUCUUGAAAAGGCCGGAAUAAAAAGGUUAGUAGUUCCAUCUAGUGAACGUUUGCGUAGUUUGUUUUUAGGCGAAUGUCAUGACGCAACCGGACACUUUGGCUACAAGAAGACGAGUGCUAACCUAGUACAACGAUUUUGGUGGCCAGGAAUGUUAGAUGACGCAAAGAAGUACGUAGAGACCUGUCAGGUCUGUCAGCGAGACAAGCCGCGAACUCAAGCACCGCUUGGGUUGUUGAAGCCUUUGCCUAUUCCUACUGGUCCAGGACAGAGUGUCUCCAUGGAUUUCAUGGACACCUUGGUGACUAGUAAGAGUGGCAAGAGACACAUUUUCGUCAUCAUCGACCGAUUCACCAAGUAUGCUAGACUAGUUGCAAUGCCAGAGACGGCAAGGACUGGCCAUGUCAUCAAGUUGUUCACGGACAACUGGGUGUGUGAUGUUGGGUUACCAAAGACCAUCGUUAGUGACAGAGAUGUCCGCUUCACAACCCCUAUGAUUACAACUGAUGAUGAUGAUGAUGAUGAUAAUGAUGAUAGCGAUGAUGAUGGUGAUGCCGAUAAUGAUGAUGAUGAUGAUGUUGAUGAUAUUGAUGACGCACUGAUGAUGAUGAUCAUAAUAAUGAUGAUGUUGAUGGUGAUGUCAGCAAUGAUGAUGAUGAUGANUGAUGAUGAUGUUGAUGAUAUUGAUGACGCACUGAUGAUGAUGAUCAUAAUAAUGAUGAUGUUGAUGGUGAUCGCCACGUCAGCAAGUGCCAUGUCGCCAAGUUUCACAUCAGCAGGUGGCACGUCAGCAGCAGGGCCAAGGCAGCGGUACCGCAUCAGCCGACACAGUACAGCUAACCACAGCUUAUGUUCCGACGCAGCAAACGCAUCGCAGCACGCGAAGGGCGGGCAGCCGCAGCAGAACAGCAUCUCCCCUCUGAAAUGGAGGCACAAGGCAACCCCACCGUGGACAAUGCCGCAUCCGGCAGUCCACACACGGUGUGCAGAACGAACACAAUUGUCCCACAGGUCCAGCAGGGGAGUUCCACUGCAACACCUGCGGGAGCCCUCAACGCCACGCCAGUCCGGUAGCAGGGUGAGACCACGACGGCCUUCUUGGCCCGCCUGGCCACCUACAUACAACAAGUACAAGAGGAACAGCGACGUGAGGCGGCAGCCGAAGCCGGACGCCUCAACGCCAUUGCACGCGACUCGGAGCAACGGCGCCGGCAGCACGCUGAAGCAGCUGCCAAUCAUAACAAAGCUCGGCGAGAUGCCCGCAUCCAUCCUCAUGCAGCAGGAAGCCGCCCAUACCGCCGCUCUCCAAGCAUGGAAUUUCGAUCCGGCGGAGACGAACACGAAACCAACCAUGGAGGAACAGACCAAGUCAGCCCUCGCCAACAUCAUGCACCAAGUCAUCCUCACUUGUAACUGGCAACAAGUGGAGUUGGCUCGGCAGGCACAUGUCAUUUCUGACUGUGAGGAGACUCUCAAGAGUCUCCAUGCCCACCUUGACGUGCUGGAGAAGGAUGACGUGCCGCACAGGCACACGACAUCCUCAAGCAUCGAUCCAUCGAUCCGCGAGCUGGAGGAACGAAUGGAUCACCUGGUGGCGCUCGUCGGAAACGACCAUCAGCCAACAAAUGGCCACCCUACAAGCGGACCUGCGUCAGCUGCAGCAGCAACCAACCGGGACCUGCAACAGCAGGACGUCCAAACAAUACAAGAUGCCGAAGGUCUUACCCUGUGGUCCGAGAGUCAGUGUUCGGGUAAGUCAAGUGGUGAGGAGCGGGACUUCUUGUCGUGCACCAACACCACGAUGGACGACUACCCGGUGUAUGGGUUGCUGGUUGGGUUCUCCCUCUGGGGGACCCUCUGGCGUCUCCUCUUUCCUCUAGGAUUUUGGCAUACCUUUGCGUGUAGAGUAGGGCCCACUCGAGGUGGUACCGCCACCCAACCAUACACGAAGGAGGAGGAGGAGAAGAUGGCCGCCAUCCUGCAGGAGAGGAAGGAGAAGAAGGAGGCCAAGAAGAAGGCCUUGAAAGAGGAACAGGCGGCCAAACUAAAGAAGAUGGAGGAAGAGAUGGCCAGGGAGAAGGAGAGGCUGAUAAAGGAAGAAGAGGAGAAGCUGAAGGAGGUGGAUGAAGAGGAGGAGGGACCGCCACUGCAAAGGAGUGGGCAGCACAGUGGCGGCAAGGACGCAGAGAUGGAGAAACGGAUUUCGGAGUGGGUCGCCAACUUAUCCCUUGGUGAGGAGGAAGAGGUUGCUAUGUACAUCCCCAAGGAUGAGCAAGAAGCCGCCAUGAAGAAAUGGGAAGCAGAAGAAGAUGUUCUGACACGGCGGGCGAUGGAGGAUGAACAAAGGAUGGCGUGGAAGCUUGCAGUGAUGAGGGAGAAGAAGAGAAGAGUGGAGGCGGCGAAUGCGCCAAUGCAGGAACUGGAGGAGGUGAGGGCUGCCGUAACAACACAAUUGAUUCCGCAAGUGGAUCUCCAACGCGUCAAGGUGGCCGCUCCCAAGGAGGAGGAGGCCCGUCCUCGCAGGGAGCCGGUCAAAGUCAAAUUCCGUGAUUCCUACAGUGGGAAAAGGGAAGAGAACUUUGACAAUUGGGAGGCCAAUGUUAAGACUUAUGUGCAUCUGCAACAGGUAUCCCCGGAUCAGCAGGUCCGAAUUGCGAUCCACGUGCUUAGAGAUGAGGCCGCCAACUUUGCAAGGUCCCAAGUUUGCGCUGCCAACUGUAGUGACGACCCGGUAGCGUACUCCUCGUUCACAUCCCUCACCGAAUUCUUGAAGUUGUUACGCGAGCGAUUCGCUGAUGUUGCCCGUAGUGUCAAAGCCUCAGAUAGGCUUCAGACAAUACACUUGCGCCAAUGGAAGAGUGCAAGGGCACUCAAGGGCACAAUGGAUGAGUUAGUGGCUGUUCCGGACCACAAGGUCACAGAGACCCAGUUGGUCAACCACUUCUACCGGGCCAUGCCCGAAGUGCUGCGUGGUCACUUCUUUGACAAGAGUCAGGACCCUGCUAUGACUUAUGAUGUACUUAGCAGGAAAGUGGUCGCGUUCGAGGCGAAGUCUGCGUCUAUUUUCACUUUCUGGCACAAAGAUUUAGACAAAGGCAAAAAAGGAGUCCAGGCGUAUUUCCGCCUAGAGAAAGAUGGGAAAGUGGAGAAAGUCCUCCACUCCCUGACUCUCCUCAUAGAAGACAGCCUCCCGUUUGAUAUUGUGUUGGGAAUGGAUUGGGGAGAGGCAGUCGGGGCAACGCUCCAUCUGAAGGAGCACAAGUGUAGGCUCCCUAGUUCGUCAGGCGAGGCUAAGAUUGCCCGCUUGUUCCAUGUGUCAGGGGUAGAGAAUUCCUUGGCGCAUUGCUGCCUUAGUGCCCCCGCGUUCGCCAGACUGGUGGAGGAGGAGGGAUUGGAGGAACAGGUCUUUGUUGCCUAUGUUAGGCCAGUCACUGAGUCUAUGGAGGAGAAACUGAUGGACCCUGCAAUUGCCAAACUGCUGGAAGAGUUCAAGGAUCUAACCGAGCCGCCGAUAGGAGUAGUACCGCGGCCCAUCCAGCUCCGCAUUGAGAUAGAGCAUGGCAGUAGAACUCCUAAGGGCGCCGUGUACAAGAUGUCCCCACGGGAGUUAGAGGAACUUCGCAAGCAGUUAAACGAGCUCCUCGAGAAGGGUUGGAUUAGGCCCAGUUCGUCUCCUUUCGGAGCACCUGUCCUCUUUGUUCCUAAGAAAGAGGGAGAGCUGAGAAUGUGCAUAGACUAUAGGGGUCUGAAUGCGAUUACAGUGAAGAAUGCUGAGCCACUGCCAAGGAUAGACGAUCUUUUAGAUCGAGUGCAAGGGGCUAAGUAUUUCUCUAAGAUAGACUUAAAGUCUGGAUAUCAUCAGAUAGAGGUACACCCUGAUGAUCAAUAUAAGACAGCCUUCCGGACUAGGUACGGGCAUUAUGAGUUUAUAGUGAUGCCCUUUGGACUAACCAAUGCGCCAGCAACUUUUCAGCGGUGUAUGAAUGAUUUGUUUAGGCCGAGGUUAGACAGAUUCGUUGUAGUUUAUCUAGAUGAUAUCCUAGUGUUUAGCCGGACCCUCGAAGAGCAUCGGGGUCAUCUCAGGCAAGUCUUGGAGAAGCUGAGAGAAGCUAACUUCAAGAUCAAUGCAAAGAAGUGCGAUUGGGCGAAGACCCAAGUUUUGUAUCUAGGCCACGUCUUAGACGGAGACGGCGUUAAGCCAGAAGAUAGGAAGAUCCCAGCGAUUAGAGAUUGGCCCACGCCACGUACGCUGACAGAGAUGCGCUCGUUCCUGGGCUUAGCGAAUUACUACAGGAAGUUCGUAAGGAACUUCUCCACCAUCGCUGCGCCCCUUCGCAGAUUGCUGAGAAAAGAGACAAUCUGGAAGUGGGACAAGGACUGCACGUCCGCCAUGAAGAAGCUAAAGCAGGCGUUGAUAGAGUAUCCGGUCCUUAAGGUCGCCGAUCCGUCCUUGCCUUUUGUUGUUACUACGGAUGCUAGCCAGUACGGCAUAGGCGCAGUGUUACAGCAAGACGAUGGCAAUGGCUAUAGACCCGUAGAGUUCAUGUCCGCUAGGAUGCCUUCAGAGAAGGUUGCGACAUCUACCUAUGAGAGGGAACUCUACGCUCUCAGGCAAGCAUUAGACCACUUGAAGCACUACUUGCUUGGGAGGCACUUCAAAGUCUAUUCGGACCAUGAAACGUUACGGUGGUUAAAGACGCAGGCCAAGAUGACACCUAAGCUUACUAGGUGGGCCGCAGAAAUAGAUCAGUACGACUUUGAGCUCAAGCCUAUCAAAGGGAAGUAUAACGUAGUCUCGGAUGCUCUAAGUAGAAGGGCUGAUUACUUUGGAGCGAUAGUGCAUUAUCUUGAUAUAGGGAAGGACUUGCAUCAGAGGGUUAGAGAAGCGUACGCGCAGGACCCUAUCUAUAGUGACCUCCUUAAGAAAGUGAAAGAGGCCCCAGAGACUGAGCCGAACUACCGCACUACGGAAGGGUUAUUAUUUGAGAAGACUAAUGUCUUUGACCGCCUGUGCAUCCCCAAUAGCGAAGAGAUUCGUAGUCUGAUCUUGGGCGAAUGCCACGACACARAGGGUCAYUUUGGUUGGCAAAAGACUUUAGCCAAUUUAAUGCGCGCGUAUACCUGGCCAGGGAUGAAGAAUGACUGCGUAGAGUAUGUUCGCAGUUGUAAGGUUUGCGAGCGUAACAAAAGUUCUACGCGCGCCCCGUUAGGCCUUCUCAGACCCUUGCCCAUUCCGGACCAGCCGGGGGACUCAGUGUCUAUCGAUUUCAUGGACACUCAAGUCAAGAGCAGGCAUGGCAAGAGCCAGGUCAUGGUCAUAGUUGACCGAUUUAGUAAAUACGCAGUUUUUGUUCCUUUGCCUUUAGAGGCACGUACCGAUUUAGUCAUACAAAGGUUUUUUAACUGUUGGGUUAGUGAGAAUGGAAUCCCGCUAUCAAUAGUUAGCGAUAGAGAUAGUCGCUUCACCAGCCAGAACUGGCAAGAACUCGUGGGAGUAUAUGGAUCUAAGUUGUUGAUGUCGUUCGGCCGUCAUCCAGAGACUAACGGUCAGACCGAGCAGAUGAACAAGAUCCUACAGCAAGUUCUGCGCGUGUACAUUAGACCAGACCAGAUUAACAAGGAUGAGAUGUUGCCCAAAGUUGCUAAUGCGUACAAUAACAGCGUGCAUCUGUCUACAUGUCGCACUCCCAACCAACUGCACAAGUCCUUUAGACCGCGCAGACCGUUUGAGGGACUCAACCGGGAUCAGAUUCACAGAUUACCACCCGGGACCAGGGAGUUUGUUGUGCAGCACGAGAAAGAACUAGCUACUGUCGUAGAGAACCUCAGAAAAGCCCGGCAUAGGAUGAUAGAGCAAGCGAACAAACAUCGUCGCCCUUCGCAGUUUCAAGUAGGCGACUUUGUCUGGGUUAGUUCUAAAGAGUUUGCGCCGGAGGAGAACAUCUCGCAGAAGUUACUGCCGACAUAUAGAGGACCGUGGCCUGUUCAGGAAGUCAAGGGCGGCGAAGAUGGACCGUCCUACACAAUAGAAAACUACCAGCACACCUCCACACAGCGGAAUGGUGAUGGAAGCGAGGCACCGAAGAAACCAAGAGUUUGGUCACGAGUUUGCGAUGGUGCAGAGUUGGUUACUGGGCAGGUGGCAGGGUUACAGCUGAGCACAAAGCACCCCCGGCACAAGGAUGGUUGCAGUUGCAUUGUCUGCAUUCAGCCACCAAGCGGGCAGGGCCCAAAGCAUAAACCGCACUGCCAGUGUGCAGUAUGCUCAACAGUGAGAAGGAGGUUCAAGACGUUGAUGUCAAGGAAAAAAAAGCUCUGUCAACAGCCAACACAAGUGCCCACUCAGAAAAGGAAGCAGGUGCGGAGCGAAAGGCUGAGAGCAGAGAGAGUUUCUGCCAGUCGCAGGGUGGCCAUGAAUCGUCCUGGCAGUGUCCAUGCAGUGGAAUCGAGUGCCAAAGAUGUUACGCUCACGGUGGGAAGAGUUGCAGGCAAGGUGAAGACACCUUUGGCAAUACAUCCACCGAGUGUGAGGCACUGUGCCUCUGCAGAUGGUUUGCUGGAAACCUUGGCUGAUUAUAGCCAGGGACUCCUUGCAAGUAUGCGUAGUCGACAACCUGGUUGUAUCAAUACAGUGAAUGCAAAGAUCUGCAAGGAUAACAGCCGAGCUGCAACGAUAUCAUCUCCCAGUGAAAUGAAAGAAAUGGCAAUCUCGAUCUGGAGUCUGCAGAGUGGAGGAGGUGCAGCGGCUGCUACCACAGUUGGAGCUCAUGCAUCUGGAAAGGUUGGCAGCAGCAGCCCAUAUGGGCCUAGCACUGAUUAUGCAGUCCACGCACCUGAUGGUGGAAGCGUAGGCAGUUCAGCUCGAAUUGGUGUUCCAUCAGGCACAGUGUCGAUUUCAUCCGGGACACUUUCUUGUGGUAGAGGCAUUGUUUCAGCUCUUGCUGCUCCCAGUGUCAGUGCAGGUGGUUGUCGUUCCAGUGAUGGCAAUGGAGCUAUGCAGAGGAGUGAGCGUUGCCUCAUCGACCUGAAUGAGCAGCCUGCCACUGAGUCUUCCCCAGCUGAUCAAGAACAUAGUUCAUGCCUUGUUUUGGAAGAAGCAGACCUCGACGCGGGCGAUUGUCAGCAAAUGACUCCAAGCAAGGAGUUGAGUGCCUUUCUGACUUCCCCAGCACAUGGAGCAGAUGGGGAUGCACAAUUGCCAACCCAACCCACGGAACAUGAGAAACCGAUGGCAGUAGAUGGAGGAGGAGAUGCUGUGGGAGGUGGCGAAGCAGGUGACGCGGGGAAGCCAGGAGGAGGCGGUUCUCGUGAUGGGAGCGAAGGUGGCAGUAGGAGCGUCGUCAACGGCUGUCAUGUAGGCAGUGGUGAUAUUGAUGUCGGAGAAGUUGGAGCACGGGCUGAGGACACUGUUGCAGGUACGCAGCAGUCCAGUCUACACUCUCUGCCACAACAGAAUGGCAUGGCACCUCAGUCAGGUUUUGCAGAGGAAGAUCAAGCCUUCGUAGGGGAUGAGGCUCGCCUCUGUAGGAAGGAAAACCUGCCACCGGCAAAGCAUAUGAAUGGAACAAGUCAGAAUGGGGUGGCAAGGUCGGAGCCAGAAGUUAACGGGUUGUCUAUGGCGAUGCUGAAGGACUGGGCAAGUGAGUCCGUGGAUGGUGUGAUGGGGUUGUCCAUCACAAUGCUGAAGGACAGGACCAGUGGGUCGAUGGACGGUGUGAGGUCAGGCAUGUCUGAAGACUUUCCCGAGUCCCAGCUGCUUCACCAGGCAGACAGCUCAGCCACUGGGGGUGCCCAGGUGGGUGUUUCUAAGAAGAAACUUGGUGUGGGAAAGGGAAAGCAGAUGUGCAAUGGCUGCGGCGAUGUUGUAGGCUCUGCUGCAAAGGUAAGCACAAACUUUGAAGAACCCUUUGUGUAGUCUAGGCGCAAUAGAACUUUGAAUUGUCUGACUACCGGGAUGGAUUCUCUGUAUCAGGCAGUGUAAGAUAACCGAAAGAAGAUUAGCAUGGCCCCUGCACAAGGAUGACAUGCAUAAAUCGUCCGAAUUAAAAAAAUGAAAAUCAAAACCAAACAGAACAAAAAGAUAACCAAAAG